AUGGGUGAUCCUCUGGCGAGAGAGUCUCACUCCAUUCAUAUGGGAGGACGGACGCAACAGAACUAUCCAUGUUGUAGGCAGCGGCAGAUAUUUGGAUAUCUGGAACAAGAGGGGACUCUUCCAACAGAUAAUCGGAAAUUCAGUCCCCCAAAAUUAAACCCAAAAGUUCAAGAACUAGUAAAUUUGCUGGAGGAAAUAGCAGAAAGCGUGAACAGAAAUAGUAAUCCACCAAGAUCUCGUUUACGCGAGAUCCUCCACACUGUAUAUGACUACAUGAAAAAUGGUAUAAUCAGUGCAAGCAGCUGGAUUUUGAGUAUAGUACAGAAUCUUUGGAGCCCCCCAGCGCCAUCACCAACACCACCAGAACCGCCACCACCAGCAUCUCCACCAGCGCCAUCACCACCAGCGCUAUCACCACCACCAGCACCACCAGCGCCAUCACCUCCACCAGCCCCGCCAUCACCACUGCCAUCACACCCACUUUUUGGAAGUUUUUG